UGUUGCUUCAGUGCUGCGCAGAGUGGCUGCGACCGCUGCAGAAGGCUGAGGCGUGAUUGUGUUCUCGAGGAAGCAGUGAGAAGCCAGAAAGAAAAGCGGUCCACGUAUGUUCCAUUCCUACUCAGAUGACACAUGAUCCUUCCCACUUUGAGCCGCGAGGGUAUUUCCGUUCUUUUGAUUCCGUGGCUUUCAUUAUUGUGUGGCAUACACUGCAACGUGGAUUGGAGCGACACCUCAUGAUGCAAACUUUUUUCGAGGAUCCGGCCACUGUCUGCUAUAAUAUUGUCUCGAUCUGUGAUAGAGAGCGGGCUGGGUUCCGUGAAAAACAUUCCUCUUUGAUUGAACGUUCUUGAAAUCGUUGAAGUAUUUCCUCUGACUGAGUGACAGAAGACUGAAAUCUCUGGAGGAGAAAGUCAACAGCCUCACCGCGUUACUCAGCUCCCGACAACACGAUACUCAAAACACGACUGCGGUUCUAUCACCACCACCGACUGUGGUUGACAAUACCCAAACACCGGUCCUGGAACCGCCGCGAUGUGCCACAGCCUUCCAGGACGGAUACUCGCAUUUCGACGUCGUUGACAAGGGCCUGCUGACACAGGGAAUGGCCGAUACCCUCUUAAAGACUUUCAAAGCAUACCCAUUCCAAAUACUUGCCAUUUGUCAUAAUCGAUCCACAGAUUGAUACAACUUCUUUACGCAGAACCUCUCCAAAUUUGUUCCUGGCCAUAGCCACAACAUGUAUCAGAGACGACACUGUACUUCAAAGGAGACUCGGGGUCGAGUUUAAAAGGAUUCUUUGUGAGCGAGUGCUGGUGAAUAAUGAACGAAGCAUUGAACUCUUGCAAGCACUGCUUGUAUACCUUACCUGGGUUCAUUUUCAGUUCAAUCCGAUAAUCAAGCAGACAACCAUGCUCCUUCAUAUGGUGCUCGGGCUCGUCACAGACCUUGACCUUGACAGGUGUCCUGCACAUCGGGAUCAGACAAUCGGAAGCUACGCUUGUAGUAAGUCCACUCCGGACGGAACGCUGCCGCCCCAAUGCAGAAGGACUACAACUGAAAUGCGUACACUUCUGGGCUGCUUCUAUCUUUCUUCAACAAUGGCCAUGACUCGCAAAGAACUAGCCAUGAAAUACACCGGCUGGAUCGACCACUGUUGUCAAUCCCUCCAUGAAAAGCAUGAAUUUCCCUCGGACAUCUCUCUGAUAGUCUUGGUCGAAGCUAAAUGUUUAGCGCGACGCAUCAGUGAGAAAUUCUCGUAUCAAGAUCACACCUUCAUUCGAAGUCAGAGCGACAUGGUGAUUCAGAUGUCCAUAAACAGUUUCAAAAAGAAGGUAGCUGAACUUGAAGCAAAGUGUGUCUCAGCUCUUCAGGAAAAUUAUGCCCUAAUAGCGGAGCUGAAAGCGUUGCGCAUAACGGUCCACGAGGUGGCAUUGUAUCGUGACCCUGCGAUCGUAGCCGAGUCUACUGGCCACACAUUCCAUCUCUGGAACCUCUUGAGCUCAUCCCGUGAAUUCUUGAAGUAUCUCUUCAGCCUGCCAAAAGAUGUUCUGAGGGACCUACCUGCCGGGUGUUUCACGCUAUUCUCGUACGCGCUUAUUGUGCUCCUGAUAGUUGUCCGCCUGCCAUCAACGACAGGCUGGGACAGCUCGAUCGCGAAACAAGAAGCAGAUUUCAUCGGCCUCAUACAACGGGCUCAAAAGACAUUCGGGGAUGAGCUCACGCAAACCGGAGAUGCCGUGAGUUUGGAGCACAGAGACGUCUGGGCAUUCUUCUCUCGGGGCACGGGGGGUUUGAUGGGGUGGCAUCAAAAGUCGGGACUUCAGAGCGAGGGCGGCAUAGAUUUUCAUGUCCCGAUGAGCUCUACAAUCGCCCCAUGUAUGAUAAGAUGCUCGGUAUCUGACCUGAUGACUGCUUUCAGUGCGCUGAGGAUCAGGAAACCUAACGAGUCAGUCAGCUUUGGUGGCCAGCCACAACUGACGACCGGAGCCGGAGGACCACAAAUCCAGCCCGAGACAGCAAUCGAUCUCUGGAGUGACGAGACGUGGCAAUCAAUCCUGGAUGAGUUCUUCAUGUUCCCUACAGCGGCAGGGUUUCCAGCUUGAGCGCAAGGAAAAGGUGUUGGGCUACGUUGGAGGGCGAUAGGUAUUACGCAUUCCUGGGCCACCUAAACAAUCCGCACGAGGCUAUACUUAUCACUGGAGUACUAUAACGUCGAUAAGGAAAGGCAAGGAAAUGCAGCCUUAAUGGCUGCUACAAUUGAAUGUUGUGAUUUCUUUAUUGGUGGUGGCCGUCUCUGAAGGGAGAGAAAAGAGACGGAGUCUAUGGAAGUAAAGCAAGUAAAAGACAACAAGCCAAUGGGGCAGGGUCACCCUCCAUCUUUGGUAUUUCAACCGAGGCAACCACGUAACAACCCUGCCCCUAGCUGUACAAAUUGGCUGUCCUCAAUCGAAAUAGAAAAUCACCCUUGUUAAUCCCCG